AUGGCAGCUGAUAUUGAUAUGAGCCUGGAAGACUAUAUUAAGACUCGAAUGAAUAUGGUUGGUUCAAGAACAUGUCGAGACCGUUCAGAAGAUCCUCAGAGGAUGUCUGUUUUGAGCACUGUGGUUGUGGCAAGUCAAUGCAAGGAUAUGACAGACAAAGAGCUGUUUGCUGAAUUUGGAACCAUUAUAAAUGCAGCAGUUAACAAUGAUAACUUGGGAAAGUCAUUAGGUACAGCGUAUAUUGUCUUUGCCCGAGAAGCAGAUGCACUUCAAGCUCUCAAGCAGUACAAUGGUUUUCGUUUUCAUGGCCGACCAAUAGGAAUCACCAUGGAUGGCGGAUCAGCUGGUAGUGGCGACAUAAAAGAUCGGCUUGACUACAACAGAGUCUACAGAAGUGGCUAUCGUGGAAAAGACCGCACUGGCUACCGUCUUGGCGAUCGUACUAACAAACGGAGUGCAUACAAAGGCAGAAAAUUCAUUAAUUACAGUAAUAGAGAUGUCGAACGUGGUGGAAAUGGUAGAGGCGAGCGUGAUGUAAGUAGUGACGAACGCUUUGGCUACAUUGACAGCAACCACGAGAGAUGGUUUGGUAGGCGGGGUACCAGGAAUAAGGUAUAUAAUGGCAAUGAUCCGGAUAUUGAGUGUGAUGCCUGGUAA